AAUCUGAAUCACAAAUUGUCAGAAAAAAAUCACCAAAAAUUGUUUCUAUGUGUAAUUGAAAAAAUAAAAUUUAAUUGUGAAGGGGAGGGGGCCUAUAUCAUUGGGGCCAACCCUGAUAUAGGAGUGGAUCCCUGGAAAAGUGGGUCCAUAGCAAGUGGCCUGGGGAAGGACCCAGAUCAUAUGAAAAUGUUGGUGAGAAGAGUAGCAGGAAGGGAAGGGCUCACUCUGGAGCUGUGUCUCCCCAGAACCAGAGCCAUCCCAGCUCCGCUCAGCCUGUGUCACCCUUCUCAAGAUUCCCAUGAUGCUCGUCUUCCUCUACCUCUUUGUCUGCUCCUUGGAUGUGCUCAGCUCAGCUUUCCAGCUGGCUGGGGGUACGUAGAAGAGGAAGGGAUGGCAGGCAGAGGCCAAAGAGAGGUCUUGGGUCUAGGAACCUCCCUAUAGGGCUGGGAACAGGAACUCAUGGACACUGGGCCAAGAGAGAUGGAGCCUUUGGGUCAGAGAAUCAGGACAUGGCCUGGGCCUCAGGAGCAUGGAGCCAUCUUUUGACUAGAAAGGUUGGGAGGUUGAGAGAACUGAGAGCAGAUGGUGGGUCUCUCAUGCUGGAAUUGUUCUCCAAGGUCUUAUCCCCAACCCUUUCCCCUUUCUUCCCCACCCCAGGGAAGGUGGCUGGAGACAUCUUCAAGGACAAUGCCAUCUUGUCUAAUCCUGUGGCUGGUCUGGUGGUGGGGAUUCUGGUGACUGUCCUUGUGCAGAGCUCCAGCACAUCUACCUCCAUCAUCGUCAGCAUGGUCUCCUCAGGCUUGCUAGAAGUCAAGUCAGCCAUUCCCAUUGUCAUGGGCUCCAACAUUGGCACAUCUGUCACCAACACCAUCGUGGCAUUAAUGCAGGCUGGAGAUAGGAGUGACUUCCGAAGGGCCUUUGCAGGGGCUACAGUCCAUGACUGCUUUAACUGGCUAUCAGUUCUUGUCCUGCUGCCCCUGGAGGCAGCUACCGGCUACUUGCACCACCUCACCCACCUGGUGGUCACUUCCUUCAAAAUCCGAGGUGGCCGAGAUGCUCCAGACCUGCUUAAGAUCAUCACUGAGCCCUUCACCCGACUCAUUAUCCAGGUGCGGACUGGGGAUCCUCAGGCCAUUCUUGGGCCAGGAGCAGGUCUCUUCUUUUGUUGUUCCCCUCUAAAGAAAUCCCCCUUUCCCAGGUGGUGGUGGGAGGCUUUCAACAGAGAGGAAGGAAAGUGCUGUGAUUGGAGACAGAAAACCUAGGUUGUAGUCCUGACUGCCAUAUACUUAAACUGAUGAGCCUGUUUUCUAAUAUGUAAAAUGGGGCCAAUAAUACUUUUAUUACCUGCCUUCUAGGGAAAUAGUGAAACAAGGACUUUAUAAACCCCAAAGAGCUAUAAGAUGUUAUUAUUAAUAAUACAUUGGAUGGUAGAAAUGGAGCCAGGUGUGAAUUCAGUCUGAGAGGUUUGGGAGGCAGCAUGAUACAGGGGAAAGAAACACUGACUCAACUGAAUCACAUGUUCUUGUUCAGUCAUGCCUAACUCUUUGAGACCCCAUUUGAAGUCAAAUAUACUGAAGGGGUUGGCCAUAUCCUUCUUUAGCUCAUUUUACAAAUGAAGAAACUGAGGCAAAUAGGGUCAAAUGACUUGUCCAGGGUCA